AUGCAACAAAUCAAACGCUUGAAUUACUUUUUUCCGAAACGAUCAGCAUCUUUACUUUCAUUCAAAUCAUUCACAUCAUUAAUCUCCUAUGAAAAAACACUACUUUCAUAUGGUGGUAGUUGUAGAAAUUUCAGCAAUUUGAUUUCUCCAUUACGAUUUUCUAAUUUUCCAUUAUUAAAUAAUUCUCAUCAUGAUCGGAAUGAUGAAAAUAAUGAUGAAGUGAAAAUGAUGAAACGGAAGAGGAUUGAAGAAUUGAAUGAUAUUCUUGAAUUAAAUCCUGAUUUAGUGGAUGCUCUUGUUGAAAGAUCAAAAUGUUAUGAAGAGUUGAGUGAUUGGAAAAGUGCUUGUGUCGGGUUAGAGAAGGUUGUUGAGAUGGAUCGACCACCAAACGAUCUGUUACCAAUUUUAUUGGAAAAGUUGUAUUGGUUAUAUACUAGAAAGGAGAAUUAUAAUGUUAAGAGAGCUACAGAGUAUUUUGAAAGAUUAUUUAACAUUGUUUCGAAUGAUUCAGUUCAAAUUCCAUUUUUCUAUUAUGCUACUCUUUAUUCACUGUAUUUUGAAUUGAAUUUAUUCGAAAAGGCUAUAUUUAUUGCAACUGAAGGGAUUAAAUCCAUUGAAUCGAAUGGUCCUGUUGAGAUUGGAAGUGUGGAAGCUGAUAAUUUGGCCGAAUUGUUAUGCAGAAGAGGUAAUUUAUUGGUUACCAAGUAUAACAUGAUGGAUCGUGGACAAAAGGAUUUGGAUCGAGCUCUUUUAUUGAGCUCAUCAAAAUACGAACCCCUAAUUCUCAUGUUAGAUUCUUUCGAAAAGAAGAAUAAUCAUGACCUCAUGCUAAAGACCUAUGAGUUAGUCAAGGAAUUCGAAAAGAAGGAAACUAGAAUGGAUGAGAAAACUCUUGAAGAAUAUGUAAAUUUACACAGAACCAUGAAACAAUACUUUUUGAAAAGAAAGGAUUACAAAAAAGCAAUUGAAUGCAUGGAUAAUUAUUAUACAGCUAAUCCCAAAACCCUUUUGGAAAAUCAUGGCAUGUAUCGAUAUCUUUGCAUGAUUGUUGGAGCUUAUCCUGAAUUUAUGGAAAGUACCAAAACCUAUCUCAAGGUUUUUGGAGAUAUCACUGCAGAUAUUGAAAGUCAUCCACCACCAGCAUCAUCUAUUGAAGGAACUUUACAAUAUACCGCUAGUUUGAGUGCAAUACAUUUCUAUUUUGAUAGAUUUGAUGAUGCUCUUAGGGAAUGUGAAAAAUUCAAAGUGCUUUUAGAGACACCUCAACCAAUCUUUCCAAAAGAACAUUUAAUGGGUAUCUACUAUCUUAUUUCAACCUUUUCACACAUGAAAAAGGGAAAUGAAAAUCUUAUUUUAGAGUUUGCAAAGGAAGCCAAAAAGUUUUAUCCCAAAAUUUUGAAAGAUAUUCCAGAAUAUUUUUAUCAACAGGGAAAUUAUGGAAUGGCAAGACUUUUUCACAUGGAAAGUUACAAUGAAAGCAAGGAAUUGGAGGAUUUAAGUAAUAUAGCAGAUUGUUUAAUUGCUGAAAAGGAUUAUGAAGGUGCAAUUAGAGAGAGUGAGAAAAUUCUUGAAAUGGAUCCAAAUCACCAUCUUUCAUUGUUUAAUUUGGGAGAAGCCUAUUUCUAUUUAAAAGAUUUGGACAAGGCAAGACAAUACUUUGACAAAGCUCUUGUUGGAGUAAACGAGGAUAAUGGAAUGAUUGUUGUAUUGAAAGAAAUCUGGCCACAAUAUUUCGAAAUAAAAUUUUGA